AUGAUAACCAGAGAGGUAGAAGGUGGAGUUAUCAAAUGCCACCAUUACUGGCCCGUUUCUAUGAAGAAACCUUUGGAAUUGAAAAAUUGUCAUAUCUUCCUGGAGAACUACCAGAUACUUCAAUAUUUCAUCAUUCGAAUAUUUCAAGUUGUCAAGAAGUCCACAGGAGCUAGUCACUUUGUAAAACACUUGCAGUUCACCAAGUGGCCAGACCAUGGCACUCCUGCCUCAGCAGAAGGUUUUAUAAAGUAUGUCCGUUAUGCGAGGAAGAGCCACCUUACAGGACCCAUCACUGUUCACUGCAGUGCUGGCGUGGGCCGGACAGGGGUGUUCCUAUGUGUGGAUGUUGUGUUCCGUGCCAUUGAAAAGAACUUUUCAUUCAACAUCAUGAAUAUAGUGGGCCAAAUGAGAGAACAACGUUAUGGAAUGAUCCAAACAAGGUAA